CUCCUCCUCUCCCUUGAAAACCCUUACCCUAAUUCGCUCGCCUCCCUUCCCCGCAAAUCCCUAACCCUAAUUCCGCCUCCUCCUACUCUUCUAACGGCCUCGUCUAGCCACCACAAGCUUCGCAGUCCCUCCUUCUUUCUCUUACAUCUCUCUCCCCAAAAUUCCCUAAAAUCCACAUCGUCGUCACCAGUAGGAGCGUGCCGCCGCCUCCUUCUCCUCUAGCAGUUCUUCGGCCGCUGCCUCAUCCUCCAUCUCAGACAUCCAAGCUCGUUGGUAAAGGAUUUGCUGAUCAAUUAAGGGAACUGUUGAAGAAAAAUUCUAAUUUUGUGGGUUUCGUAAGAUUGGGAGUGUUGAAUGGCUUGUCAACCAGGAUUCCUUUGUAAUGGAGGCUACUUUAAUGCCAUUAUGAGUUUUCCAGAUAAUUAUCCUAACAGCCCUCCUUCUGUUAGAAUUAAGUCAAGGAUGUGGCACCCAAAUGUUUAUCCUGACGGGCGUGUUUGUAUAUCAAUUCUCCAUGCACCUGGGGAGGACCCCACUGGCUAUGAGCUUGCAAGCGAUCGAUGGACACCUGUUCACAUGGUUGAGAGUAUAGUUCUGAGCAUAAUCUCCAUGCUUUCUAGUCCUAAUGAUGCAUCUCCUGCUAAUGUUGAAGCAGCUAAGGAAUGGAGUGAUAAGCCGAAUGAUUUCAAGAAGAGAGUCAGCAGGUGUGUGAGAAGAUCUCAGGAAAUGUUGUAAAGAAAAGAUCACAGGGGAGAGAACUCACCUUGUCAAAGAUUAUAGUUUGCGUGCGGAGAGCCUAGCUACGUGCUGAUGCCCGUGUCGGUGUAGUUUGGAUAUAUUUGCUGUGCAUGCGGCCUGUUGGUUGCUUUGUGUAAGGGUGAUGGUCGGUUAAGCUCUGUAGAGCGUUCAUAGUUGAAGAGCGUUCAAGAGCGUUCAUAGCAUGCAAUUGUUGCCAGUUUUGCAAGUUUGCAACUGUUUAUAUACCUUUUGCUAAAAGUUUUGUGAAUGACACAGAGCAAGUUGCGCUUGAUGGGAUUAACAUAGUUGAUUUUCUUCAAUUCAGUCAGUAGUGACUUGUACUUUUUAGAUAUUUGAGAUACUGUAUUUUGGAUAUUUUUUAUGUUUGUGAUUAUUUGUUUAAAAAUUACUACUCACAUUUCAUUUUAAUAAUUUUUUUUGUUUUGG